GAGAAACGCAUUAGAGAUACAGAACGGCAGGAAAAGAAGGGCUUGUUGUGAAGCUGCGGGGCUCUGGUUUAACGUUAAAAAAUGGGCAUUUCGGCCCUCGCAACCCAGCCAAGAUACAUCAUUUUACAAAGAAGAACGUAUUAGCUCACUGUCGGAUUGUUUUUGGGUUCGCUGGGUGAAUUUGUUUUUUUUUCUACUUGAGUUUUCAUGAAGUUCGUUGGGAAAAUGAGGGAGGCGGCGGUUUUGUCGACGGAGAGCUUUCUCCUCUUGUUGGCCAGGACAAAAUGGCAGCAACAUAGACAGACUGAGCAUGGUGUGGGCACGGUAUAACUCCAUAACAUGUUCAGAAACGCGGUGGAUUCUAUCAUUUGUUACUAUCUGUGAAGGUAUGGCCUCACAAGUCUUGGUCUACCCACCACAUGUAUAUCAAACCCAGACAAGUGCCUUUUGUAGUGUGAAGAAACUCAAAGUAGAGCCAAGCAGCUAUGUGUACCAUGAUAGAACCUUCUCACAGACAAAUCUGAACGGUAUAACAUUUGGUAUUACUCAUCCUAAGAAGAUUAUCAAUUCUUUUUGGACAAAAGACUCCGUGAGCAACAGACCACCUGUUCAAAACUUUUUAUUGCAGUCGAUAUCCUUGAUCAGUGCAGGAAAGGAUCCUAGCUCAAGUGUAGCACAGAAGCUACAGUUAGACCCUCGAGGGGGAGAGGCUCUAAAGAACACAGUGCAAGCAGACAGAGGUGGUGGAGGAGAAGACAGUGGUGGAGGUUUGAACUUGGUGGAUAGCACGCAGAGAUGCGGGCUGAAACGUAAAAGUGAGGACUUGGAGAAUAGAAGCAGCGACAUGCAGAUUGUUGAGGAACUGUCCAUGUUGCCUGCAAUGUUGCAAACAAAUGUUGGUAACCCUGUUACAGCGGUAGGUGCCUCAAAGCCGAAUGCUGCUGGUGGUGAUGGGGAUUACCAGCUAGUGCAGCAUGAAGUGCUGUGUUCAGUGAAAAACACUUACGAGGUUCUUGAUUUCUUGGGCCGGGGAACUUUUGGCCAGGUGGUCAAAUGUUGGAAAAGGGGUACAAAUGAUAUAGUGGCCAUUAAAAUCCUCAAAAACCACCCCUCCUAUGCACGGCAGGGGCAGAUUGAGGUGAGUAUCUUGGCACGACUUAGCAGUGAGAAUGCAGAAGAAAAUAAUUUGGUGCGGGCCUUUGAGUGCUUUCAGCACAGAAACCACACCUGCCUCGUAUUUGAAAUGCUGGAGCAAAACCUUUAUGAUUUUUUGAAGCAGAACAAGUUUAGUCCUCUGCCCCUGAAGGUAAUUCGGCCCAUUUUGCAGCAAGUAGCCACUGCGUUGAAAAAACUGAAAAGUCUUGGACUCAUCCAUGCAGACCUCAAGCCAGAAAAUAUCAUGUUAGUGGACCCUAUCCGGCAGCCGUACAGGGUGAAAGUAAUAGACUUUGGAUCUGCCAGCCAUGUUUCCAAAGCAGUUUGUUCAACAUAUUUACAGUCUCGGUACUACAGGGCGCCAGAGAUCAUUUUGGGGUUACCUUUUUGUGAAGCUAUAGACAUGUGGUCACUGGGAUGUGUGAUUGCAGAGCUUUUUCUUGGAUGGCCGUUGUACCCUGGAGCACUGGAGUAUGAUCAGAUUCGAUACAUUUCUCAAACCCAGGGUUUACCUGGCGAUCAGCUACUGAGUGUGGGGACUAAAACUAUGAGGUUUUUUUGCAGAGAUUCAGAUUCACUGUACUCUGGAUGGAGACUGAAGACACCAGAAGAGCAUGAGAAUGAGACUGGGAUGAAGUCAAAAGAAGCCAGAAAGUAUAUCUUCAGUUGUUUGGAUGAUAUAGCGCAUGUAAACCUGGUGAUGGACUUAGAAGGUAGUGACUUGUUAUCAGAGAAAGCAGACAGAAGAGAGUUUGUCAGUUUAUUGAAGAAAAUGUUGCUUAUUGAUGCGGAUAAACGGAUUACUCCAUUGGAGACCAUGAAUCAUCCUUUUGUUACCAUGCAGCACCUCUUAGACUUUCCUCACAGCAACCAUGUUAAAUCUUGUUUUCAUAUAAUGGACAUUUGCAAAUCAAGAUCAACCACAAAUGAUGUUGUCAGUCACAGUAAAGCCCCUUUCGUGAGACCUGUCACCUCAAGUAAUCUGACAGUGGCAUUUAAUAAGAUCGGCACAGUCCACACUCAAGCUUUAGCACCAUCUGCUCCAUCUGUGAUGCACCAUGGGAUUCCACUGCAGACAGGAACUGCUCAGUUUGGAUGCAGUGAUUCAUUCCAGCAAACACUGAUCCUUUGCCCCCCAACAAUCCAAGCAGGAAUUCCAAACAACCCUAAUAAGCCAACAGGUUACUCAGUAAGGAUGGAUAACACUAUGCCACUAGUCACUCAGGCUCCAGCCAUACAGCCUUUGCAAAUUCGCCCAGGAGUGAUAACUCAGACAUGGUCAAAUCGUUCCCAACAGAUACUGGUACCUGCCUGGCAGCAAAUAACUCAAGUUGCUCCUUCUACUACAGCAUUAACAUCUGACACUGUGGCUGGCCCACAGAGACUUGGAGACUGGGGGAAAGUAAGGUCUCACGGAACACAUUAUAAUUCCAUGUUACCACAACCACUUUUAACCAACCAAAUGGCUGUUUCUGCUCACCAGCCAAUAAGCAUAGGCAUUGCCCAUGUUGUUUGGCCUCAGCCCCAAGCUACUAGCAAAAGAAAUAAGCUCUGCAAGAACAGGAGUAACAUUUUACAUAACACCAAUUCCAAAAACUCUGUACGCCUUGCUUUGAAAAUUGCAGAAAAUGUAAAAAAUGGUGAUGCUGAAAGUUGUGUUGUGGAAGCACAGGACAAUCAGAGCCCAGAAAAGAACUAUUGUAAAGACCUUGUUAGACAGGACCCAGAUGACUCCGUUUCUAAUAAGCAAAGGCAAACUAUCAUAAUUGCAGACUCUCCAAGUCCUACUGUCAGUGUUAUCACUAUAAGCAGUGAUACUGAUGAGGAAGAUACAGCACAGAGACACUCUUUGAGAGAGUGUAAGGGAAGUCCGGAUUGUGAAGCAUGCCAUAGUACAUUAAACAUUGAUAGAGUGUGUUCCUUAAGCAGUCCUGACAGUACAUUGAGUUCAAGUUCAUCAGACUCAAUACAGAGUAGUCCAUCUCCUUGUAAAAGAGCAAACAGCAUGUCAGAGGAUGAACAGGAAAGUGGUUGUGACACUGUGGAUGGUUCCCCUUCAUCUGAUUCUUCAGGGCAGAAUGAUAGUCCAUUCAUCGAGCGAAGAUUUCUUGAUGAUGACAACCAGAAUAGUGAAGUGAGGGACUGCCAAGAACCUGAACCAACCAAACCAGCUGUUCGCACAAUGGUGGUCCCACCCAUGAGAGUUCAGAACAAUAAUUCUAUCCCUAACGAUCAGAUUGUUGAUACAGAUAGUACUUGUCAAAAUAAAGGGCGCUCUGGUCCUGGAAGGAUUAACCAUCAUCCAACAAUAAAUCGCCAGCAAAAACUGUCAUCAGCAUUCCAUCAACAGCAGCACAUUAACUUUGGACAGGUUCAACACUUUGGAUCUUGUCAUCAAGAGUGGAAUGGAAACUAUACCCACAGAAGGCCGCAGGCUUAUAUCCCACCUACAAUUCAUAGCCACACUUUUACUCUGCCUCAAGGAAGUCCCAAUCACACUACAGCUCAUACUCACCUACCAGGAAGCACUCACCUUGGAGGCCAACCAGCUAUUUUACCCUACCCUCCUUCAGCUCCUUUGGGUACAGCAGCGCCUGUUGCACAUAUCUUGGCUUCUCCUUGUACCACAAGACCUGUAAUGCAGCCUGCAGCCUACAGCAUCUCUCACCCAAGUGGUAUACUACAUCAAGUUACUGUGGGCAUCAAUCAUCGACUGUUGCCUUCCCCCACAAUUCAUCAAAACCAAUUUAAGCCUUUAUUUCCAGCACAUCCAUACAUUGCAGCAUCUCCUGCUUACACUGGGUUUCCCUUAAGCCCAACAAAACUCAACCAGUAUCCUUAUAUUUGAGUAAUGUCAGUACUCAAAAAGUGUAUAAACACUUGGUUUUACAAAACAAAUCUAAAAAAAAACACAAUAUAUAACAUGGUAUUCUAAUAAAUUUUCAGCCAUGGCACAACAGGAAAAUAAUAUUUUUGUGAAUCAUGUAGACUUGGGUGCAAUUAAACUUUGAGCUUUAAAAAAAAAAAACUUUUAAUGUGUUUUGCACAUUUGAUAUAAUGUCUCUUUGGAUCUUAUAUGGUUAUUCUUUAACAGGUAAAAUAAGGAGUGAGUAUCUGGUUUCACUCCAGUUAUUUUUAUAUAUUGCCUUUUGACUUGUGCAAAGACACAUCUUCAUUUGUAAAGCCAUUCAGUAUACUUGUAUAGGGCAACAGAUGCACAUGUGUUCACAGUAGUGUACUCGUAAAUUGUUUGUAUUCUCCUGUGUCUGGUGUUUUAAGUGUUGAGUCACUUACCUGAAAGGUUAUUCUUCACGUUGCAUGUGUUCUCCUUGCAUGGGCAAAACUAAAAGAAAACAUGGAAGGUUGUCUAGACAUUGCUCUUAAUGUUGUUGUCCUAAGAUUCUCAGCUGCAUUGUAGAUUGUUCCCACACAUAGUGCCUUAAAUAUCUGAGGUUAAUGUUAUAAAUGUAAUGGACUGCAGCACUUGAAAUUAAAAUCUGCUGAUACAUACACACAAAGAAGGAUGCUUAUUUUAGAUUGGUGUGCAAGUGUGAGAUUUUGCUUAUUAAUUUAAAGUGUGGUUUUGUUUUUAUUUUUUGUUUUUUUGUUCUUUGUUUUUUAGUAGCAGAUAUUGCUGUUCAGGUUCUCAUUAUGAAUUAGUAUAUAAUGGAAAAGUAAGUAUUGACUAUUGUCUGAGAUUUGAUAAUCAAUUUAUUUUUUAUCAUAUCCAUAAAAUGAACAGUAUAAGUACUGUUUAAUUAAACUGCAAUACAAUCUAGCAUUUUUAUUGUUUCUUGUGAUUUUAAUUGGGUUUUAUGUAAUAUCUAGAAAUGUGGUGGGCAUGGCUUUUGCCUAGGUUAAAGGAAAUACAAAUAGUCAUUGAUACGGAUUCAUUAUAGCUUGAGCAAACCAUGCAGUAUUUGAUAUAUUAUAGAAUAGCAAAAGAAUAUUUAGUAAUGAAGCUUGACAAAGUGAGUUAUUUGUGUGCAAUUUUCUCAUUUAUGCAUGUGAUAAUUUUAUUCUUACUUUAAUAUAUCAUUUGUUAAAUCUCGGUGUUAAUUGCUUAUUUUAUACAUUCCGUCAGGGAGAAUGAAAAAAGUAUGUUAUACUCUUUUUGGAGGUCGAUUUCAUAAUGUUUGCUAGUAUGUGCUUUGAAUUUGGUUUUUUACUUUUCCGUCUGUUUUUCCAAAUGAAGUUGCUUAUGCGGCACCAAAGACUGUCAUUCAUUUCCUAAGCAAGGUAGCUAUUUUAUUUCUGCAUCAACCUUAACCAUACUGUAGUUUAUAAAAAAAAAAAAAAAAACAGUGGAAUUAAAUUAAGAAAAAAAAACAAAUGUUGAGGUUGUAUUUAGCUCUUGGGCAAGUAAUAAUUUGUAUCUUUUAUCUUGAAUGUAUUAUAGAUAAGCUGCUAUAUAAUUGCCACUUCAAAUAGCUGUGAAAUUAGGUGAUUAACUUAGUUCUCUCUUAGAGUUCUUUUUCCUGUAUAUGUCUAAUUACCUAAAAUAGAAGUGGGGUUUUGAUUUAUUUCAUUUUAUUUUGCUUUAAUGUUUGGAGUGUCAUUGUAACUACUGUAUUUGCAAAUAAUGGAAGUUACCUGCAUUUAUGUUUAAGGGUGUGGGCUUUAUUUUAUUAUUAUUUUUGCAACAGUAUUUUAUCUUUAAUGUUGAGCUCAUCACUGCAUAUGAUUGGAUGUACUGAUGUAACUUAAUUUUUAUGUUUUCAUAUUAGCAUUGUGUAUACUUAUGAAGCUGUAGCUUGCAGACUUGAUUUAACUUUUCAAUAAUACAACUGUACUAAAGUUCAGUUUUUUGCAACAAAAAACUGACUAAUUACAAUAGUACACAUGUUAAAAUAAAAAAAAAAAAAAAAAUCAGGCAUUGUAAAAGUACUCAAUUAUAUGCCACUAUGCAGCACUUGUGAAACUUGUCAAUAAGCUAGCUGUGCACAGGGACAAGGUAGACUUUAAAGUGUUGGGAGUGGGAGGGACAGCAGUGGAAAUGGGGUAGAUGUAUUUUGUAAUUUAUGUUUUCCUCCUGAAAUGGCAGUGUUCUGUUUAAAUUUAUUUUUUGUUUCUUGUUAGUGUUACGUUUUGAAUCCCUCUCAUAACAAAGUUUACUUCUGAAAUUAUAGAGAAAUAAAUCCUAUACAUUUCACACAACUACUGUUCCAAAAGCUAGUCUGGGAGAAUAAAUAUUGCAUUGUUUUUUCUGUAUGCAGUGUAUAAUACGUAUAUUGUAGCUUUUUUCUUUGUAAUUAUGUUUUAUAACCAGUGGCAUAUCUUUAAGAAAAUUAUUAUGUAAUUUAACAGUGGUAUUAAUUUUGCAUCAUAUGUCAUUUCAUAUGACAUCAUGAAUUUUGGCCCCCUGAGCACACUAACAACAUAAUAUGGCAGCCUGGCAUGUGCCUUGAGAAUCUGGCCUGACUUCGCAGGUCUGCUAGCAUGUUUUCCCAGCAGGGGAUUGGGGUUCAAAUGAGGUUUUGUUAUGGUGUAGAUAACAGUUUUAUAUUGCCACUUGAUGUGGCAGUUGACCAAAAAUGUCUCUGGCUUAAUGGUUUACAAUCUUACCAGAGAGUAAAACACAGCCCCACUAUUAAAAGAAAAACAAAAAAAAAAAACAUAUCAGCAUUGUUUCAUGGCUUUUCUUCUUCUUAUUAUUAUUUUUGCCUCAUUUUAAAUUUCACAAAACAGAUAGCUUGCCAUAAUACAUUUUGACACACUCUUAACAAAUACUUAAGCAUAUUCACAGUCUGCUUAAGUUUCAGUUGUGGUAGUGCAGAUACGCAUUAACCAUCUAGCACUUUGACAGCAAGACUGUAUAAAAUGCCUUCCUUCCCCCUAUUUCCUUGUGGGGAAAUAUAUUAACACAGUGCUAAUCAGCAUUUAAUGGGGAGUUUAUCCUUUAUUUUAAGUCAAACCUAUGAAUUAAAAUGAAAUCAGUGACAUGUGCAAUCAAUAUUAACAAUUAUUUAACUGCCUGGAAUUUCAGUGUGUGUGUUGUGCAUUAAUUUGAGAUGUGUGUCUCUCUGCAACUUUUCAUAGUCUUAACUUUGAACAACCUCAAAUUGUAAGAGCUGUUCAAAGAAUGAUCAUGUUUAAUGUUUCAGAACAAUUUUAAUGAACGAUUUACAAUAAAUUUCAUUUUGAAACCCAGCCAUUAUUUAUUUUACAACACAAAAUCUUGAAGUAUCAAACAUUUGCUUCAUUAGAGAAAUAUCUAAAAAUAAUUAAGACAUUAGUUUAUGUUACUAGGUGGAUAAAACAGGGUUUGUUCUUCUGUAAGAUUAUGCUUGCGCCUUAAACAUAUUGUUAAAAGUAAAAUAAAAAAAAUACAUUUAAUACCUAGCUGGAGUUUUAUACCUUAUAACCUGAACAGUUCAGAGACUGGUUUUGUGACAAAGUAAACAUAUUUGUCAAAGUUUGCAGCAUGUAGGCGUUCAAGCAGAACUAGAUACUAAUAGUAUUGAACUCAGCUUUAGUGCUGCUUGUAAAUCAUGGCAUAAAUAUGUCUACGACUGCAGGGCUCGUCCUUCCAUAUGUCUUUUUAAAAGUGAUGCAUGCCUACUCCCCAUACAUGCACAUAAGGAUUCUUCUUUUUAAAUGUGCACGUCAAAUUUAAAAAUGUAUUCAAUCCCUAUGUAAAGUCAUUUAGAAAUGUAUAUGCCUGCACAGAAUGUCCUGAAAGUUAAUUGAUGUUUCUGUUUUAAGAAUGAUCUUCAACUUUGUCUUUGCUUCCAUUUCUGUAAUCAAAGUACCCAAAAGAGAGGAAAUUUAAAAAGGAGAAAAAUGUCUAUAUAAAUCAGACCACACAGAUGUUCAGCUUUUACAUGAAAAAUAUUAAUUCUUAAUUUUGCUGUUUUUGAUUGGUGUUUUAUUAUUUUUUUUAAACUUUUAGAGAUACUUAAAAGUUUUAUUCAGGGUUUUUGUAUUAAUCAUAUGUGCUACUGUAUUAAUCUAAGUCCUAACUACUUGGUUUGAGUUCUUCAACUUGUGUGUUUCCUGAUAAUUUACAUAACUAUUUUUAGUAAAAGUUAAUUCACACUGCAAGUUAUGGAAUAAUCUGUAAAUUGCACAGCAAUGUAGACUUGAUUAAUAAGUUUGAACUGUUACUGUUUUAAUAUUUGUAGAUUUUGUGGCUUUUUCAUUUUAUUAUUGUUUUUUGGCUUUUGAUUUUAUGCUACACUAGUUUGCUAUGUAGCAAUUGCACUGUGCAAUAUUUACAACAUGAGGACUGGGAAAAUUUUUAUGGAUGUAAUGUCUCUUACAGUUUGCGAUAGUAUUUCUCUCUAGUUCUCAGUGAUUUAAAUGUGACCAAGCCUUCUGUACUUUGUCACAAAAAGCGGGUUUUCCAGGUGACUAUUUUGGUGAGUGUCAAAAUAAGAAUUUAUGGUGUAUUAUUGUCAAGAUUCACUUCGAAUUAAAAUAUCUAUUGCUACA